UAGUUUUCGGUUUUUCUAUCUUUGCCUCGGAUUUUACUUACAAAUGGUUGCCCUAUAAAUUUAAAUAAUAAUUUAGAUGACAUUCUGAAUCUCUUUCAAACAUCCUCUUACCGGCAUUUCACAUUCUAAUAAGUUUAUAAUCUUCUGCUGCCAACAGACUCAAUCAUGGACACAAAACCCGUUGCUCUGAUCACCGGAGCAAAUCGUGGAUUAGGAAGGGCUGUGGCGGAAGGUCUUGCAGAAAGACAAUAUCACGUCAUCAUCGGUUCUAGAAACGAAGCACAGGCGAAAGAAAUCGAGUCUCAGAUAUUGGGCCGUGGAUGGAGUGCUUCCUCGGUGCAGCUCGACCUCAAUUCAGACGAAUCCAUCCACAAAGCUGUAUCAAUGAUAAUGAAGAAACAUGGAAAACUGGACGUGUUAAUCAAUAAUGCGGCAAUUCUACUUGAGUACGAAGGAGUUUCAGAAGUCUCUACCAGGGCUGCUAUGCUGGCAACAUUCCACACAAAUGUCUUUGGACCCGCUGUUUUGACUAGCGCUUGUAUUCCUCUACUCCGUAAAACUGGAGCACCUCGCGUUGUGUUUGUCAGCUCACGAAAAGGUUCGAUUGCGAACACUUUGGAUAAGAAUUGGGAAUACUACGGUUGUAGCUGGCCAGCUUACAAGGCAAGUAAGGCUGCAUUGAACAUGUUAGCCGCAAAUUACACCCAAGAGCUAGAUGGAUGUGGUGGCAUGGUUAAUGUGGUUUGUCCUGGGACAGUCUCAACACAGAUGGUCAACUUUGAUCCAUAUGGUCAAAGCCCAGAAUCGGCGGCCGGGAAAGUGAUAGAGAUGGCUACCAUCGAGAAAGGAGGACCAACAGGAACUUGGACAGAUCAUAGCGGGACUGUGCGUUGGUAGUUUAAUGGCAGUUGUCACUAAUUACGGUAUCCUUGUAAAUAAUUACCAACCAUUAUAUCUGACGGCCAUAUCAGCCUUGUGGCAGUUGUCGGGCCUGAAAAUGCGGAAUGUCGAUUAAAAAUGGAGUGUGUUGGCUCCAUGCAAACCAGGCUAUAAGAUCCGUCCCUACGUGCCGAAAAACCCUGUGUGCCGAAAACGAUCAAUCGGA